AUGGAGUCGCGCUGGCCUCCAAAGUCACCACAUGAAGCGCUGUUAAGCUCACCUAGCGGUCGCCAGAAAGCUCGCCAAAUAGACAGUCGAACAUCCCCUACUCCUUCUCCGUUGAGAAAAUCCAGCGCAAACAAGAGGAAUAGGCGAAGAAUCAAUAAUGUUGACGGUGAUGAGGAUGAAGAGACUCUACAAUUGCAGCUACAAGCUCUCGAGGCCAAGUUGAAAUUGAAGCAACUUCAACGGCGAAAAGCGCAGAAUCCACAGAUCGAGCCCAAUUGUCAUGCGCGCCUUAGGAGUCCUCAAGGAGAGAAUGUACCGCCUUCAUCUAGAAAUACUGGCCUUCUCGAUCCUCCAAAGGCAAUAGAUGUCCCCGCGUCUCCCCAGAAAAGGGCUACGGCUGUCCCAGAAGCUAGAUCGCCGGGGCGAGUCUUACUUGGCAUAGAUAAAGGGCUUAAGGGCAAGAAUGUCUCCUUACGGAGGCCUCCGAAAGGUCAAACUCAACAUGAAGACCCGUUUUGGAGCUCUUCUACCGCCGCUGGUAGAGAUAAAAACGACUCGCUGCGUUCGAACGCUCCACAAAGUCAUACAGGGCCGCAAAAAUCAUUCAGUGAGCGCGUAGCAGAGAGUCGGCGGCAAGAUGAUACCAGGCUAGAGCGGGAAGCCAGGCGGCAGAAUCAAAGGAGCGCCAACUUUGCUGUAGAUCAAACGGAAAUCGAUUCAUACAGACAAAAAGCAGAGAGUGAAUCCGUUCAGAUGAGAAAUGGCUUUCAGAAGCAAGAUUCUACGGAUCGUGGAGGCUUUAGCAGAGAGCAGAUACUACAAGCGAUGAAUAAACCGAACGCAGGUGUUGUGAAACGAAGUAGGACCGUCACAUCUUCGAAAGAACGGAGUAAAGCAUCCAGCGAUAUCUGGAUCAACCCAAACGCUGAGCCAGACGUUCUCCACGCAAAACCUGCUUCGAAACCUCGCGCAAAAUCCCAGUCAACAAGUCGGACGCGAGCUACUGGUACCGUCAAAUAUGAAGAUGCACAAUCGUCAGAGCACCUCUUUGAGCCAUUUUCUACCACACACCUGUCUCGACGACUGCUACCCCACCAUUUCCUCACCCGCACAUUCACCGACAAGUCCGUACUCCGCAUCCCCGACCUUUUGGCCAACGUGAAAUCACCAGACUACUCUCUCCCCGACGACUUCGAGGCCGACUACGUCGUCCUAGGCGUCCUAGCCUCUAAAUCCACCCCCUUGACCCACAAAGCCACGCCCAAAACCACCUCCUCAGAACCUACAACCUCCCUCACGGAAGCCACAACCUCCUCCCCCAAAACACCCAAGGCAAAUUCAUGCCUACACGCGCUUCUACAAACUCCCCCUCGGCACCGUCCUCGCCAUCCUAAACCCCUCCAUCAUGCCCCCCCAGCCCACAAAGUAGACACAGGCCGCUUCUCCCUCACGCUCAACAGCAGCGACGACACGAUCCUCGAAAUCGGCACAGCGCGGGAUUUAGGCUGGUGCAAAGCCGUCCGCAAAGACGGCAAACCGUGUUCGGACUGGGUCGACAAGCGGCAUACCGAGGUGUGCGAAUUCCACGUCGAUCGCGUCAUCGAGCGCAAUCGGCGCGGGAGAAUGGAGGUGAAUGGAAUAUCUGCGCCGUUCGCGCCGGGCGGGAAGAAGAAAGGGCGUACUGGUUUUUUCACCAGCGUGGGGAAGAAUGGGUCGAGGACGAGGAGUAAAGAGUGGCAUCCCUUGAGCGGAAAUGAUGGUGCAGGUGGGCUGAGGAGGGAAGGUGAGCAAUAUGAUCGCGAGACUUCAUCGCGGUAUUUCGUGGCGCCUGCUUUCCCGGGAGAGAUGGGUGGGGGUGGGGGAAGUGCGGCGCAGCUGCUCGAUCGGGAGGAUAUGAUGACGGCGCGCGGCGAGAGUAAGGAGGAGAGAGUGAGGAAGAGAUUUGCGGAGCGGGAGAGGGAGAAUGAGAUCCGGCGGCGCUUGGGGGAGAAGGGGAAUGGAGCUGGGAGCGAGUAUGCGAGGAUGAGCGGCGAGCAGAGCGCGAGGGUUGGUGAACAAAAAAAUGGAUCAAGGGGUGGAGAGGGUGAUGUUGGUGCGAGAGAAGCGAGAGAGGGAUUGUCGAGUGAGCAGCAGGGGGAUCAGCAGGAUUUGGAAGCCUCGAGGCAGGCGCUGCUGGGAAAUAAGGCUAAGGAGGUGCAUCUGAGCCCUCUGAAGAAGGCAAGUCUGAAGAGGAAGGGCAUGGCAGGGUCUGAAUCGGCGAGAAAGAAGACGCGGUUUGUGACUGAGAAGGGGAUUCGAGAGGCGGGAAGGGAGAGUAUUGGUGGCACGGCUCCUGCAGCUGCAGCGGCCGGGCAUUCGGAGGAUGAGCUGGAGAUAGAGUAG